UCAACCCUCAACCAGCAUGCGGCACCAUAUUCCCAAGGAGCAGAAGAUACUAGCGUACAAAUUGUCUUGCAUCCAUGGCCUCUCAAACAGACAUGUUAGCCGUUACCUAGGAAUCAGUCAACGGACCAUCAGGCGCAUCCGGAAGACCUUUCGGGACACUGGUGAAGUGGGACACCAACCAGCUUGUCAAGGACAACCUUGUGCCUUUGAUGGCUUAGAAUUCCUUGAAGGCUGCAUUGAAAAACAGCCUGAUAUGAUCCUCUCAGAGUUACUAGAUUCCUUUUUUUUCUUUGGCAAGCACUCCACCAAAUAGUCUACACCAAUUUUUUUCAAAGACUUGGGCUAUCACACUUAUCGCACCAGCCACACUCGAUAC